AUGGCCGAAGAAAAAGUCCAACAUGAGGAAGAAGCAGUGGCUCCCUCUCCAAGCCAUUUGGAAGAUCCAGAUACUUUCAAGCAGGUGGAACGCCGCCUGGUGCGCAAGAUCGAUUUGCGUAUCAUCCCUUGGGUCGCCAUAUUGUACUUGAUGCUUAGUCUUGAUCGAAACAAUAUCGGCAAUGCACGGCUUGGAACAUUGGAAGAGGAUUUGCAUCUUAGUGGCAACGACUAUUACACUGCAUUGACGAUCUUUUUUGCUGGAUAUGUUAUUUUUCACAUCCCGUCGAAUCUCAUGGUGAAGAGAUUGAAGCCAUCCCGUUGGAUUUCAGCUACGAUGGUUCUAUGGGGUGUCUGCUCCAUUUGCCAAGCCGCUACAAACAAUGCUGCAGGAUUGAUCGCAUGUCGUUUCUGGUUGGGAGCAUUCGAAACGGGUGUAGGACCAUCAACACCAUUGUAUCUAUCAUUUUGGUACCAGCGUGAGGAGCUUGCAUCAAGAGUAGCCCUUUACUUUGGCUCAUCUACAUUGGCAGGUGCCUUUUCAGGUGCCAUCGCCUAUGGAGUACUAGGUAAUCUUGAAGGUGUACAUGGCAUAGCAGGUUGGAGAUGGCUUUUCAUUAUCGAAGCUGCGCCAACGAUUUUCCUCGGUCUCUUGAGCUUUGUGAUGUUACCUGACUUGCCCGAGACGGCUGGGAGAUGGCUGACUAAGGAUGAAAAAGCCGUAGCAGUGAUGCGUACACAAUCUAGCGGCAACACCGAUGAUAAGCCAUUUGACAAGCACCAAUUCAUUUCAGCGUUAAUCGACUAUAAAAAUUGGCUAGCAGUGAUGAUCUAUGUUGGAUUGAAUGUCGCUCUCGCCAGCUAUGCUGUCUUUGCCCCAACCAUUAUUCGUGAUCUCGGUUUCAGUGCACUGAAUGCUCAAUUGCUCAGCAUUCCACCGUAUGCCGCUGCGUGCGUGCUAGUAUUCCUUGUAUCUUGGAAUUCGGAUCGCACCCUACAGCGUGGGUAUCAUAUUAUGGCCGUAUCGUGCUUGGCAAUCAUUGGAUACAUUUUCCUUUUGGCAACUCUUAAUGUUGGAGUGCGUUACGCUGGCGCUGUUUUGGUGGCAUGUGGUGUAUACCCCAUCAUUCCUCUGACCUUGUCGUGGGUAUCCAACAAUAAUCUUGGGCACACAAAGCGUGGCGUGGCUAUUGGCAUGACAAGCAUGAUCGCACAGUGCUUCAGUAUGUUGGGAACCCAGAUUUACAAGACCGAGGAUAGCCCACGCUAUAUCAAAGGUCAUGCAGUAUGUUUGGUGUUCAUGUGCCUAGCAUUUAUUGCAGCAGCAUUGCUUCGUUUCUUGCUCAAGCGAGAGAAUGAUCGUCGCGACCGUGAAUAUGGUAAACCAGAUUCGACUGAUUUAUCCGAAGUCCAAACCGGUGAUCGCCUUUACGACAAGCAUCCCAAAUUCCGUUACGCUUUGUAA